GAGAAGGAGGAGGAGAGGGAGAACCGGACGCUGCAGGUGCUGCAGGUUCCUGCCGGCGUGGACGAGGAGCUGCUGAGUCUCUACUUUGAGAACCGUCGGCGUUCAGGAGGAGGACCGUUGGAGUCUCUGAGGACGGAGGACGGACGCACCGCGCUGCUGUUUGAGGAUGCUGAAGCGGCCUCCAGAGUUCUCUCCAGACGGCACGUCCUCCACGGCUCGGAGCUGACGGUCAGACGACCGCCCAGCAAGGACCGGCGGCGGCUGCUGCUGCGGGGAAUCAAACCCUCCACCAGCCUGGAGAUGGUGGAGCUGUACGUGGAGAACGUGGUGGUGGACGGGGAGGACUACACGCUGCACCGCCCCGCAGGAAGUGAUGUCGUCCUGGUGCAGCUCCGCCAGCCGCUCUCGCAAGAUUUCCAGUCUCUCAGCUCCAGGAUCUCCCGGAGACCCCUGGACGGGGUCCAGGUCCGUCUGGAGCGUCUGGACCGGCCCAGUUCCGUCCUGGUGCGGAACCUUACCCCCAGAACGUCGUACGACCUGCUAGCGCUGUACUUUGAGAGCGAGCGAGGGGGCGGAAACGUGGUGACGGAGGUGACGGGGGUGACGGGGGUGACGGAGGUGACGGAGCUCACGCAGGGAGCAGCCAAGGUGACCUUCGCCAGCGCUGACGCCGUGGACGCCGUCCUGGACCGCCUGCACCGGCUGAGCGGCGCCGACCUGGAGGUGACGGCGUACUUCCCCUUCCUGCUCCCCCCAGAGACAGAGACGUCCCCCCCAGAAACGUCCCCGGACCAACCGGACCCCCCAGAGACAGAGACGUCCCCCCAACAGACCUCCCCGGACUCUGAGACCCGGGAGGUUCUGGCAGAAACCUUGGACCCUCAGACCGAGCCGGGGCCUCCCCCAGCCCCAGACGCAGGCCCGGCGGGCCUGCAGGCGGGGCCUCCUCCAGCCCCAGACGCAGGCCCGGCGGGGCCUCCCUCAGCCCCAGACGCAGGCCCGGCGGGCCUGCAGGCGGGGCCUCCCUCAGCCCUGGGCCCCCAGCCAGCCUCAGAUCCACUUCCUGGGGGGGCGGGGCCGGUCCUGGAGCCAGACCCCCCACAGACGUCCCCGGACCCCCCAGAGACUCCAGAACCCCCACAGAUCCUGGUCCCCGUCCCAGACCCGGGCCCGCGGGCCCUGGUCCAGUCCGGAUCCUUCCAGAGCCUGGUCCUGGCGGGCCGGCCGGGCUGCAGCGUCCGGGCCAGCGAGGACGGCGUGUCGGUCACCGGGCCGGACAGACGGGAGGUGGAGCAGCUGGAACAGAAGGUCCUGGACCUGCUCGGGGCCGCCGUGGAGGCCCGGUUCCCCGUGGAGCCGGACCGGGCCCACUUCCUGCUGCGGGAGGACGUGAGGGCCCGGCUGCUGGAGGCCGUGGGGGGGGCCGCCCCGGACCCGGCCGUGUUCACCGUCUCCGACGGAGACGUGGUGGUGACGGCUCUGACCCGGGACUCGGCCGACCGGGCCUGGGCGGUUCUGCAGGACCAGGUGAGCGGGUUCCAGGUCCUGGUGGACGGGGGGGAACCCUGCAUGCUGCACUGCAGGGAGUGGACCCGGUUCCACCAGGCGCUGCCCCUGACCCGGGUGGAGGUGGGGGACCGGGUGGAGGUCCAGGUCCAGGUCCAGGUCCAGGUCCAGGUCCUGACCCUGAAGGGGCUGGAGCAGGACCGGCGGGCCUCCAUCCUGAAGUUCCUAGCCACGCCCCUGCAGCGGGAGACGGUGGUCGCCAUGGCGCCGGGAGUCCUCAAGUACCUGCAGAUCCACCAGCACCAGCUGCUGGCGGACAUGGACCAGGUGACCAUGGACCCCCUGGAGGGGGGCGGAGUCUCGGGGCUCAAGGUCCAGGGCCACGCCGUGGCGGUCCAGACGGCCGAGGAGUUCCUGCAGGACCUGGUCUCUGGCGUCUGCACCAAGACCAUCACGAUCCGGGCCCCGGGCGUGACCCGGUUCCUGCAGGAGGACGAGGACUGCAGGAACGUCCUGAAGGAGAUGGAGAAACGCUUCACCGUCUACAUCCACGCCAAGUGUGAGGCCUGGGAGCCGCUGGAGCAGCAGGACGUGUUCACCGUGGCCUGGCAGCUCAUGUCCCAGGAGAACUUCCAGAAGGUCGUCACGGACGGUUCUGCAGACUCAGCCCCGGUGGAUCAGAACAAAGGUCUCCUUCAGGAGGGCCAGAGACUCGUCUCAGCGGUGGAUUCGGACCAGAAACCGGUCUCUGAGGUUCCCCUGGAGGACCUGGAUCACCUGGACCUAUACAGCGCCGAGGAGCCCGGCAGCCUGCAGGUCCUCCAGGAACCAGAGGCCCCGGCCGGGGCCUCCGGGCCCCCCCCGGGUCAGGCCGGAGCCUCCGGGCCCGCCCCGGGUCAGACCAACGGAGGUCUGGGUCUCCUGGACGAGGAGGAGGCCCAGCUCUCUCUGGCCAUCCAGUACUCCCUGGACAUGAACCCGCGGUCCCUGGAGGACGAGGAGCAGCAGCUGCAGAAGGCCCUGGAACUGUCCAAGAGCCUGGUCCAGGUCCAGCAGGCCCCCCGGGACCAGCAGGACCACCAGGUGAAGGAGGACGGACACCGGUCCGUCCAGGAGCAGGUCCGGGCCGCCGGCCUCCUCCAGCUGGAGGUGUUUGCCGGCUACAGCUCCGACCUGCUGCGCUCCGACAUCGCCUUCACCAAGAAGGUGAAGCAGCGGCAGGUGGAGGAGAAGCUGGAGCAGCGCGGCGUCAGACACAUGAGCCGCUACCACCACAAGGUUCUGGAGGCGAUCCGGAGGAAGCACGGCGUGGAGCUGGAGAUCCAGGGAACCAUCAUCGCCGUCUCCGGCUUCAAGGACUACGUUAGCGGAGCGGUUAGCGACGUGAAGCUGCUGCUGGAGAGAAUCUCCGGGGCGGUCCCGGACCGGGAGGUGCUGAAGUCGGUGCAGUGGCUGCACCACGACCCCCCGUCCUCCGGGGGGGGCCCCGGGACCACCGCGGGGGUUCCCGGGGCCACCGCUGGGGCCCCCGGGGCCACCGCAGGGGUUCCCUACCCGCCCGAGGCCACGCUGCUUCUGGAGAACGCCUGGAGGACCAAGCUGGCCAGGAUGGACGUCACCUUCGACCACCAACCUCACACCGUCAGCUUUGAGAAGAUGGAGGAACACAACAUCACCACGGGGAAGACGGUGAAGAUCUCCAGGAGGCUACCGGAGCUGGGGGACGUCACGCAGGAUAUCCCAGAAGAAGAAUACUCUCUGCUGUCUCACCUGCCGGAGGCCACCAGGGUGGGGGAGGAGUCUGACGAGUUCCAGGAAGUCGUCAAGACUUUCUACGAGACGAUCAACGAGUAUCACAGCAAGAUCCGGAUCAUCCAGGUGGAGAAGCUGAUGAACCGUCUUCUCUACAACCAGUACAAGCUGAAAAAGGCCAGCGUUCUGCAACAGUCGUCGCACCCGCAGGUGGAGAGGACGCUGUACCACGGGACGGGCCAGGACUCCGUCAGGGAGAUCUGUGUCCACGGGUUCAACCGCAGCUUCUGUGGGAAAAACGCCACCGUCUACGGCCGGGGCGUGUACUUUGCCGUGAACUCGGCCCUGUCGGUCCAGGAUCAAUACUCGCCCCCGAACGCGGACGGGUACAAGUUCGUGCUGGUGUCGAAGGUUCUGACGGGCGACUUCACGCGGGGCGACCACGGCAUGAAGACUGCGCCGCUGAAGGAGACGGGCGCCGUGCCGCUGCGCUACGACAGCGUGACCGACGACAUCACCAAACCCUCCAUGUUCGUCAUCUUCAACGACACGCAGGCCUUUCCAGAAUACCUGAUCACCUGCCAACGGGUGCACCGCUGAUCAAUCAAUGAUCAC